AUGUACCCGUACUCUCCUAUUGGAGCAUGCAUUUUUUUCACACCAGUUACGCUCUUCACCGCACUUGUCAGGAUAUAUCUGUCUGUCGUGCAUGCCACGCUUCUCGUGUUCCUCUUCUUGCGCAGUCUCACCGCGAUUUUAGAUGUCGGCUUCACGAACGGAGCUUCCAAAUAUCGCAGUACCACGCUUGUCGAUGUCGGCCUCGCGAACGGAGCUCCCGAAUACCGCAGUACCACGCUUAUCAAUGUCGGCCUCGCGAACGGAGCUCCCAAAUAUCGCAGUACCACGCUUGCCGAUGUCGGCCUCGCGAACGGAGCUUCCAAAUAUCGCAGUACCACGCUUGUCGAUGUCGGCCUCGCGAACGGAGCUCCCGAAUACCGCAGUACCACGCUUGUCGAUGUCGGCCUCGCGAACGGAGCUCCCAAAUAUCGCAGUACCACGCUUGUCGAUGUCGGCCUCGCGAACGGAGCUCCCGAAUACCGCAGUACCACGCUUAUCAAUGUUGGCCUCGCGAACGGAGCUUCCAAAUAG